CUCGUUUUCUUUGAAAAAGCCUCUAUAAGUUUUACUGAUACUCAAACUUACCAAAAAUACAAAAGAAGUUUACUGAUACUCUGGCAUUAUGGGGUCGGCCGAGUACCAGCCGUUGCUUCUGGGCCUCGACUCACACUCCCGGAUUCCAGACUUGUCUUCGGCUGCCGUUGAAGAGUUUCUUGAACAUGGACCUGUUGCGGUCCGAUGGUGGCCCAGGCUGGCGGCAUGGGAGUCCAGGCUCCUAUGGCUCCUCUCCGGCUCUUCAAUUAUUGUUUCUAUUUUCAAUUAUAUGCUUAGUUUUGUCACCUUGAUGUUCUCCGGCCACCUUGGCUCUCUUGAGCUUGCUGGAGCUUCCAUUGCUAGUGUUGGAAUUCAAGGUCUUGCUUAUGGGAUAAUGUUGGGAAUGGCAAGCGCUGUACAAACAGUGUGCGGACAGGCCUAUGGAGCGAAGAAAUACUCGUCAAUGGGCAUAAUUUGCCAGAGAGCAAUCAUCUUGCACCUGGGUGCUGCAGUGCUCCUCACCUUACUGUAUUGGUACUCCGGUGCUGUCCUCAAAGCAAUUGGUCAAUCUGACAGCAUUGCAGAGCAAGGCCAAGUCUUUGCUAGAGGAUUGAUCCCUCAGCUCUAUGCAUUUGCCAUCAGCUGCCCAAUGCAGAGGUUCCUCCAAGCUCAGAACAUUGUCAAUCCACUGGCUUUCAUGUCUGUGGGGGUGUUUAUCAUCCACGUUAUUCUCUCAUGGGUUGUCAUCUACGUUCUUGACUAUGGUCUCAUUGGAGCUGCCCUCACUCUCAGUUUCUCUUGGUGGCUGCUCGUUCUUGUAAAUGGCCUUUACAUUCUUCUCAGCCCUUCUUGCAAGGAUACUUGGACAGGUUUCUCCACCAGAGCUUUCAAAGGAAUCUGGCCUUAUUUCAAGCUAACCAUGGCUUCUGCUGUUAUGCUCUGUCUGGAGAUUUGGUACAACCAAGGUCUAGUUCUUAUAUCGGGUCUUCUCCCAAACCCAACAGUCUCACUGGAUUCAAUUUCUAUUUGCAUGAAUUACUUGAAUUGGGACAUGCAAUUUAUGUUAGGCCUAAGUGCAGCAGCCGCUGUUAGAGUGAGUAAUGAGCUAGGGGCAGGACAUCCAAGGGUGGCCAAAUUUUCAGUAUUAGUGGUGAAUGCAACAAGCAUUAUUAUUAGUAUAUUUUUCAGUGCAAUCGUAUUGAUAUUCAAAGUUGAGCUAAGCAAAGCCUUUACAAGUGAUGCUGAGGUUAUCGAGGCAGUUUCUAACCUGACUCCCCUGCUUGCAAUCUCUGUUUUUCUAAAUGGCAUUCAACCCAUUCUAUCAGGUGUUGCCAUUGGAAGUGGAUGGCAAGCUGUUGUGGCUUAUGUAAACAUAGCCACAUACUAUGUGAUUGGUCUCCCAAUAGGGUGUGUUCUCGGCUUCAAAACCAGUUUAGGAGUAGCAGGUAUCUGGUGGGGGAUGAUUAUUGGUGUUCUUCUACAAACAGCUACUCUGAUUAUUCUCACAGCCAGAACAAAUUGGAAUGCAGAGGUUGCAAAGGCUGUUGAACGGCUGAAGAGAUCUGCUAAUGAGGAGGCACUAGACUUAGUUGCAGGCGUCUAAAGAUGCUUUUACUGCCUCCUAACAUUUUUGCUUCUUUCGUGGUGUCUAGAGUCAAGGACAACAUUAUUUUGAGUAUUACUUUCUUUACUUUUGAAUUAUCUUGUGAAUUAAAAAACAGAAGGUUUUCUGGCGGUUUUUUUUUCUCUGCAUACCAGCUGACUAUAUUCCAAAUCAAAGAAUAACUAAAUC